AUGGCUCCAGGCUCUCAGAGAUUCUCUCUCACCUUUCUCCAGGGCGUGGGAUCUGUCUUUUUCUUACUUCAGAUCAUCUCUGUUCAGGCUGAUGGGAAAGUGUUUGCACUUGAGUCCAAGAACAACUCUCAGGGCCUGGAUUUAGCCGAAGCUGAGAAAGCUUGUGUUGACCUGAGUGCUCGCUUAGCAACUGCAGAAGAACUGAAAAGGGCUGUUCUGGACUGUUCUUUUGCUGGCUGCACCACAGGAUGGCUCGCCAGUGGCUCUGCUGGGACAAUUAUAUGCAGAAAGACGGGCAGCAAACAGCAGAGCGUGAAAGCCAUUGAUGUUAAAAUUGAAACCGAUCCCUUUGUGAAUGACCAAUAUGAUGCUUUUUGUGUAAAGGAUGAAGACAAGCCCUGUGGGGACCCGCCAUCCUUCCCCCACACCAUCCUGCACGGCCACACUGGCUUUGAAAUGGGGGACGAGCUGCUGUACGUCUGUGCCCCAGGCUACGUCAUGGGCAACAAGGAGACGGCGUUCACGCUGCUCUGCGACAGCUGCGGGGAGUGGUAUGGCCAGGUCCAGGCCUGUGUCAAAGAUGAAACAGAGGCACACAUUGACUAUGAAGAUAACUUUCCCGAUGACAGAUCAAUACCUGUUGCCGAGAAUGACCAUGGCAAUGGCAGAGAGGAAAUUGAGCAGGAGCAAAUACAGCUUUCCUACAGUAAAACUUCAGAGGAAGGAAGAACUGGAAGUACCAAUGGGGUUACUCAGCACACAGACAUUUCUGAAAAAGGAAGCAAGGCACCAACUGAGUCCCCCGUGUCUCUCCUCAGCCAAAAAAACUUGUUUUGGUUUCCAUCAGAAACUUUCAGUGAGCCUGAAUCAGAGAAAGAGACAGACGAUUCCACUAAAGUACAGUUUUCUGAAGGUGAUAACCGCAUUGGUGUGAAGACAGUCUAUGAUGAACCUGGUACUAAAAUGUUUUAUGACAGUGAGGAUUUCCCCAUUGGACCCAUUCUCACAACUAAUGAUACAAAGACAGCGAUGGAUGCAGUUGCCAUCACUGAUGAGUCGUGGUUAGAUGGAUAUCCAGUAACACAAGAGGUGGUAGAGGAUGAUGAAGAGGGUGAUAAAGUUGAUGGUUCGAUGGGAACAGAAGAUGACAUCAUCCUCACAACUGACCAGCCAAAUCACGUGGAGGUAAGAAAAUUGGAAAAUGGCAGCCCAGCUCCAGAGGAAGGUCAGACACAGAUUGUGGCAGCAACAACAGUGGUAGAUGAUGAAGGGGCUGAAGAGACAGCAGUGCCACUUACAUCAGUGAGUGGUCUGGAGAACUUCAGUGUCAGCAGGGGUUAUGGUGAUGCGGUGUGGGAACAUCCAGCUACAUCUCUGGAAACUGUGACUCAGGAGCCCACUACAACGAUCCUGUUCGACAUCAGCAGCUCAAAAACAUCCUUGUCAGAAACCUCUGUGACCACCAGCCCCUCCGAUCACACUCCAUACACAGAACAAAGAGACACAACUACCUACCCAGAACAAGUAGCAACCACUGCACCGGCUCCAGACAUCAUUACUGACACAGCAUCCCAGGAAUUAGCUGAGCAAGAAAAUCUCACCCAGGGCCUUGGAGAAAAGCCCGUCCCCACUUCUGAGCCAUGCGAAGGAGAGGAUUGUCCCAAGUCCAGUAAAGGCGCUAUCAUAGCAGUAAUAGUGAUUCUUCUCUGCUUGUUACUGGUUGCAGCUGUUCUGGCAGUGUGGUUUUUCAAAAAAAGGCAGCAGAAGAAUUCUGUUUAUAAACUAAAUGGAAGGUGUCAGCCCAGACAUCACUGUUACCACCACUACCACCACCAGCACAUCGAAAUGCAGAAAGUCUAA